AUGGAAUUCUGGGAUUCACUUGGCUUUUUAAUCAUCACUCUCAGCUACAAUGUGACCAUUAUAGGGAAAAUUUGGUUAACUCUUGUGAUAUUGCUGAGACUGAUGGUGAUCUUCUUAGCGGCAUACCCUCUCUACCAAGAUGAACAGGAACGUUUCAUCUGCAACACCUUGCAGCCGGGAUGCGCCAAUGUGUGUUAUGACAUGUUUGCUCCAGUGUCCCACUUUCGGUUCUGGCUCAUUCAGGCCGUGUCUGUCCUGCUCCCUUACACCUUGUUUGGUGUCUAUGUUUUGCACCAGGUGGCCAGGCAGGUUGUGAAGACAUAUUCCUUGCCUUAUCGUCAGUACAAAGAGAUCAAAGAUACCACGGGCCACAAAGCUCCAAAGAAAUCCUCUAAAGGUGCAGCAAGGCGAAGAGUCUCCUGUGAGGCCAAUGAAAUGGAUAUUCCAGAUUUUUCAGGAGCAUACAUAGUUCACCUUCUUGUGAGAAUGCUGAUAGAGGUUGGUUUUGGAGCCAGUCAUUAUUAUCUCUUUGGAUUCCUCGUUCCAAGACGGUUCUCCUGUUACCAUUCCCCUUGUACCAGUACUGUUGACUGCUACAUCUCGAGGCCCACGGAAAAAUCCAUCAUGAUGCUUUUCAUCUGGGGCCUUAGUGGUUCCUCUUUUCUCCUUAGCAUCGUCGACCUGAUCUUUUCCUUCCGAACCAACGCCGUGAGAAAUCGCAGGAAUAAAAUGCUGUUGGAAAGGGUUAGGAUGGAGGAGAACUGUGGACUUGGCCCACACUGUGGGGAUAAGCCAAACAAAGAUUUGUUUGGCCACGGGGGCCUUCCCAUCACUGAUAACUGUGCCAAUGGAGGUCCCUGUUUGCUUGGCUGUGAUGGUCUCUCUUUUCAAUCCAAGCUCUCAUCCCAGAAAACUGUUGGCUGUAACCCCAACAGUAGUGGCAAGAAGUCAUGUAUUGCGGCCACUAGUCAAGAUGGCAAGGGGGAGCCUUUACGUGGGAGUGAGCAGCAAGCGGUUUCGUGUGAGCACUCCAGAUGCGAUCAGCACUCGUGCUCCUUCAAAGGGACCUCGUCGUUUAAAUCCCAGGAAGGAUGCCCUCAUGGCAUUCAUUCAUCUGCCAGUUUCAGCAGGCCCUCGGUUCAUUAUUCUACUCUUGAGAGGAAGGCUUCAGACAUUCAGUCUGUCUGCAGCAGUGCUGGGUGUUCGAGAUCUAAAAAAUCUGAAUGGGUGUAA